GCAUGUGAGAGUGCGAGCAGGCUGGGAAGGAGGGCGAGGGGAGAGCAGCUCGCACCAUGGUCCUCGGACACUCGGAGAUGUCCCUCCUGUGACUGGGUGCACCAUGAGCAUCUGGGAGGUGAUCCUGGCUUUUGUGAUGGUGGUGCUGAUGCUUGUGGCCCUGCUGGCCAACGUGCUGGUGCUGAUGUGCUUCUUGUACAGCGCCGACAUCCGCAAGCAGGUCCCAGGAUUGUUCAUCCUCAACCUCACCUUCUGCAACCUGUUGAUGACCGUCUCCAGCAUGCCCCUGACCUUGGCUGGGAUCAUUUACAAGAGGCAACCGGGAGGAGAUCAGAUCUGCCACGCUGUGGGCUUCCUGGAGACUUUCCUCACCACGAACUCCAUGUUGAGCAUGGCAGCGUUGAGCAUUGACAGGUGGAUUGCCGUGGUCUUCCCUCUAAGUUACCACUCCAAAAUGAGGUACAGAGAUGCUGCUCUCAUCCUGAGCUACACGUGGUUACACUCCGUGUCAUUCCCCAUAGUGGCAGCGUCUCUCUCCUGGGUGGGUUUCCAUCACCUCUAUGCCUCCUGCACCCUGUACAACAAGAGACCAGAGGAUAGGACACAGUUUGUGAUUUUCACUGGGGUCUUUCACACCCUCAGCUUCCUCCUCUCCCUUAUAGUCCUGUGUUUCACUUAUCUCAAAGUGCUGAAGGUGGCACGGUUCCACUGUAAGCGGAUUGACGUGAUCACUAUGCAGACCCUGGUACUGCUUGUGGACAUCCAUCCCAGUGUAAGAGAGCGUUGUCUAGAAGAGCAGAAGAGACGGAGGCAACGAGCAACAAAGAAAAUAAGUACCUUCAUUGGUACCUUUAUACUUUGUUUUGCACCUUAUGUCAUCACAAGACUUGUUGAAUUAUCCUCUUCUAUCCCCAUCAACUCCCACUGGGGAAUUAUCUCCAAGUGCUUAGCUUACAGCAAAGUAGUUUCAGACCCUUUUGUUUACUCUUUGCUACGGAAUCAGUACAAGAAGACAUGGAAGGACAUCAUAAACAAGAUCCUCAAAAGGAGCUCCAUCAACUCGUCUGCCCUCACGAGCGAGUCGCACAAUCGAAAUAUAUUGCAGCUGAAUGAAUGAGGAGCCUUCCUCGUGGGUAUGGGAUCUUCCAGAAGCAUUAAAUGAUAUAUGAGAAACAACAGUAACUGGCCUAUCCCUAGUAGCUAUCCUCAGCUGUCAAGGCUUUGGGAAGUGGUCACAGGGGCUGUGUCCCUUCUACAGCCCACAUACACCCACGGGAGGCUGCUUUGAGCCUCCUCUCUCCAACUGCAGUGUGCUAUUGGUGCAUGGUCCUGCAGACUUCACCAAGACCAAUCUCCCAUUGAUUUCCAUCCGCAGUUACACAUAGAGUGAAAAGCUGCUCCUUGGUGGGAGGGCUCAUGAGAGUAGCAGGAGCAGAAAGGUGAAACAGUGAGAUUACUUUUAAAAAAGCUACACAGAAAUAUAUCUGUGCCAUGUUCUUCACUGGCUGCAGAUCAGGGUCUUUCUGAUGGAUCUGCCAGCUUUACAAAACAACCUCAACCUGAUUGCUUCAGCAGGUACCCUACAGUAAAGAUCUUAAUAGGAAAAUCUGAGUAGCAAAAUCUUUACCUGGGCACUCAUACAGUGACCAGUAUAGCUUUCAAUCUCAUUUGGUACAUAUCAUUUGAACAAUUCUGUAGAACUGAGUGGAAAGAAAAUCUCUUUUGAGUACAUUACAGGCUGGAUUCUGAUGUGUCCUCUAAGUAACUUUCACAGAAUUCUAUUACUUUCCUCUUCAUUAAAUUUUAAAAGACUAAAAAAAAAAAA